AUGGAGACAAUUAUUAUUCUCGUGUGCUACAAUGAAAAAUGGGUCACCUCGAAGAAGAUGUCCAAAUACGAAGGGGGUGACUCAAAAGGCUUAAUAGUUCCACGGACUAUCAAAUUUGCUGAACAGUUGGACCGUGUGCAUCAGAUUGGUAAUACAAAUAGCAGGGAAGACAAGUACAAUUCCAAGGUAGCACCUUCAAAACUAGCUCCCUUACUCGUGAGUAUAGAAGAUAAAGGACUGACAAAUGAUGUAGUUCAUAGUACUCAUAUCACGACAGAUAGUAGUCGGAUGGGUCAUUCUUCAGUUGCCAUUGUUGAAAGCAAUGAAGUAACUUGGAAUAAUAAAAAUGUCACUGAUGUGGGAGCUACCCAGUUGCCAAUAAUGCGUUUAGGAGGAGAAUCUGAACCCACUCGUCAACAUUAUUGGAGUCAAAUGGGUGAACAAAACCGGUACAAUGAAGCCGGUGUAAAUGAUGACGGAGCAUAUUUGGACAGCGGGUUUUCACGAAGUGAUUGGAAUCCGAAAAUUACAGUUGGGAAAUUUUCUCUAAGGUUGCUUGUGGUUUGUUGUCAACUUCCAUGCCCAUGGCGGGUCCGAGCAUCUAGAAUUGGAGAAUACAUCUUCAUGAUUGUGAGGUGUACAACUGUUCAUGAAUGUGAUUUGAGGUUCGUAUGUGACAAGCAUCGUCAAGCAACCGUAGCACUUGUAGCCACUUCACUUAAAAGGAAGUUGAAGGAUUCUCAGACAAUAUACACACCAAGUGACAUUAUGAGAGAUGUGAAACACAGUUUUGGUUGCACCAUCCAUUAUUCGAAAGCUUGGAAAGCAAGGGAGUUAGCUCUAUUGUCCAUUAGAGGAUCAGCGGAGGAGGCAUAUUAUAUCCUUCCAGCUUAUUGCUAUGAAUUGGAGCGUAUGAAUCCCGGCACAAAAACACACAUCCAAACUGAUGAGAACAAUCACUUUGUGUAUUUAUUUAUGGCGGUUGGCGCAUGUAUUAGAGGGUUCCGUUCUUCCAUACGCCCAGUGAUAGCCGUGGAUGCCACUCAUUUAAAAUCCAAGUACAAGGGUGUUAUGUUUGUAGCAAAUGCAUUCGAUGGUAAUCGAAAUAUAUAUCCUCUUGCUUUUGGGAUUGGGGAUUUGGAGACGGAUGCAUCAUGGCAUUGGUUUUUCACUAAACUUCAUGAAGCCAUUGGUGAGUGUCUCAAUCUUGUUAUUAUUUCUGAUCGCAAUGUUAGCAUAGAGAAUGUGUGGAACAAAAUUUUUCCAACUGCAGAACAUGGCAUAUGCUUUUAUCAUAUGAAGGGGAACAUGAAACGCACUUGCAAGUUGAAAAAGCGUGAUCACAUACUUAUGCACUUUGAGCAGGCUGCGAAAUCUUAUUCCAUUGCUGAAUUUGAUUGUCAUUUUCGCAACAUCAAGCGAAAGGAACAUGUUGCUCAAUAUCUUGAAGAGGCAGGGUUACAUAAGUGGUCUAGAGCUCACAUGGAUGGACGCCGCUACAAUGUAAUGACAACAAAUAUUGCGGAGUCAAUCAACUCAGUUCUUAGGUUUGCAAGGAUGCUGCCAGUGGUUCAUUUGAUAGGGGAAAUUAUUAAUCUCCUUGUGAAAUGGUUCACCGAACGUCGUGAGUUGGCUUUGAAUUGCACAACAACAUUGUGCCCCAAUUUCGGAGAGAAGAAGUUGAGGAACAGGUUGGAGGAUGCUGCAAGGAUGAAUGUGGUUAAAUUAAAUAAUGCACAGUUUAAUGUUUUGGACGGUGAUAAGGACGGCCUCGUAAAUUUGACGAACAACAGUUGUAGUUGUAGAAAGUUUCAGCUUGAGCAGCUACCUUGCAAGCAUGUAGUUGCAGUUUGCCGCUUCUUGAAAGUAAAUGUAUACUCAAAGGCUUCUCGGUAUUACACUCGGAAAACCUGGAUGGAUGCUUAUUCGGAUACCAUCUACCCGGUACAACCUCACGGAAUGUGGGAUAUUCCUGAAGAUGUUCGAAGUCGAGUUGUGCUGCCUCCCAUGGCAAGGGUCAUGCUAGGCAGACGAAAGAAGAUAAGAAUUCCCUCGCAAGGAGAGGGCACCAUUAGAAGAAAGUGCUCAAGGUGCGGUUCCGCAGGCCGCAAUAAAAGCACCUGUAAAAACAAUAUUCCAUUGCGCAAUGUAUCUUAG